AUGAGCUUCCAACAGGGCACCGCCUAUGCCGAGUCGGACGCUGAUGACGAGUACGAGCGCGACCUUCACGACAGCUCACCGAUCGACGUGACGGAGUCCGAAAUCUCUCCCACCGAAACAGACCCGCUGUCGGCUGAACACACACCUACCACCUACGGCUAUCGCAGCAGUGUCGACCGCCUGCCCGAGACCAACAUCACCGAGUGGACGGCAGAGGAGUGUGCCGACUUCAUUGCCACAAUCGGCCUGCCGCAGUACACGGAUGGCUUUCUGGAAAAUGAAAUCGUCGGAGAGGCCCUCGUGGCCUUGCAGCAUGACGAUCUCAAGCAGAUGGGAAUCGCCAGUGUUGGGCACAGACUGACCAUCCUCAAGAGCGUCUACGAGGUCAAGAAGGCGCAGGACAUAUCCAUAGAAAGCGAUCACUAUGUCCCUCUGACUGCCGAGAACGAGGCUCAAUCAACCAUGGCCACGCUCAAAGACAUUAAGAAUCUGGUCGAGCAGCUCCGCCUGCGAGACGAGCGUAUGGCGUUAUUUGAGCAGGACCUUCGACGGCUGACGGACGACUUCCGCCGCCUACGCGAGGACGUCCUGCCUGCUCUGCGCCUCGCGAAGGAUGCUCAACAUCCGCUUCCACAGGUGAACAACGACCAGCCCUACAGCUUCGAGACGGUCAUAUCUCCCCCGCCAGGGCCAUCACAGCAGUCGACUAUCCAGUCGAUCAACAUCAAGCGGCAAUACUCGACGCGGAAGGUGGUGCCAGCAGCGACGCCGAAGACAGCAUCUCCCACGCAUUUGCAAACUGCUCACGACCGGACGAUCGUCGAUCAGACACUCGACCCAGCCAACGCCGCCGAGCGUGCUGUCUUGUCAUCUCAGCACCUCGCGGCCUCGAACGGAGGCGGCGGCCAGACGGCCUCGGCCCUCUCGCCCUCUUCCCUGUCUCCCAAUAUGCCUUCUCCCACGUCACCACCCAUGUCGACAAACGGAACGACGCUUGCCUCCCGCUCUUACCGCUCUGACCAGCCGACACCCUCUGGCAGGACCACCUUUUCCGAGAGCGAACACAAUUUCGCAGGCUCGUCCCGCGAUAACCGACAUACUGCCACUGCUCCUCGGCGGAACCAAACACCUGCGCCCGACACCCCCGGAAGCAACGCAUCUGUCGAGAUCUUCAAGUCAUUCCGUGUCAGCAUGGAUGACCCGUGCUACAAGGUGCUACCGGCCGCUUUACGGCGCUACCAGAUCAACGCGCCGUGGGACCAGUAUGCACUAUAUAUCGUGUACGGAGACCAAGAGCGCUGUCUGGCCUUGAACGAAAAGCCACUCAUCCUGUUCAAGCAGCUGGAUAAGGAGGGCAAGAAGCCGAUGUUCAUGCUGAGAAAGACAGCAAACGCGCAGGUCGACCUCCCGACGGACAUACCUGGAAGUGCCGGCCUAAAUGCUGCGGCCCGCGGCGCUUCAACGGGCUAUGAUCCGCCGGGUGGUAUCAUAUGA